GUCAUAUUAUCUUGUUUUCUUUAAGGACCAUGGACGCUGUUUGGCAAGAAGGAAAAUCACUAUCAGAUCGCAUGAAAUAUAUGUUAGACAAUCAGCUAAUGUGUGACGUCACAUUCCAUGUUGGAUCAGACAGGUCACCAAUUAAAGCCCAUAAGUACAUGCUUGCUAGUGCUAGCCCUGUAUUCUACAGCAUGUAUGGAGGGCCAUUAUCAGAAAAAGGUGAUGUUGAGAUUGUAGACAUGACUCAAGAACAUUUUAAAAUGAUGUUAAUGUAUAUAUACACCGACAAUACAAUUAUGAUAGACGCUAAAAGUAUCACAGGACUUAUGUAUAGCUCAGAAAAGUACAUGUUGGUAAAUUUGAAAGAACAAUGUAGUGAAUUCUUGAAUACAAAUAUCGAUAUAGAUCACGCAUGUGAUGUUUUUCAAACAGCGAAUGACUUUCACAUGGAGGACUUAAAAACAAAUGCACUGAAUUUUAUUUUUAAGAACCCAAGAGAGUGCCUCGACUCCGAUGAUUUUAAUCAUUUAUCCGCUGAAUGCGUUAAACUGAUAGUGGAAUCCGAUAAACUGAAUUGCGAAGAAGAAAUCGUAUUUAAGACAAUGAUAAAAUGGGCCAAACUGAGAUGUGAAAAACAAAGCAUACCGACAACGAAUGAAAACAUUAGAAAAGCUCUCGGUAACUUAUUAUACCUCAUACGAUUCCCUUGUAUGACACCAAAGGUUUUUACGGACAAUGUUUCAUCUAUGAACAUUCUUACAUUUGAAGAAAAAGAAAGAGUAUACGAUCAUUUCAACGGCAAACAUACUGAUAUUUUUUCUUCAAAAACGAGAUUUCGCGUGAUUAUCGUUAGAUGCGAAGUUGAUACCAGCAGCUUCACGUGGAGUUAUUCCGGAAUUGAUGACUGUAUCGAUUUCGAAACUUCCAAUGAUGCAGAACUUAUUUCCGUUCUUCUAUUUGGAUCUAAACGUGAUUCAGCCUUGAAUCGUUUUACAUUAAACAUUUUACACGGUUCUACGGUUCUCAAUACAAUCAAAAGCAAAUUAGAUAGUUCAUCUUCUAAUGACCAAGGAAUUUGUGAAAUUUUAUUAGAGUCCCCCGUUAAAAUAGUUUCAAAGACUACAUACACUGUUCAGCUUUGUAUGAGUGGACCGAGCACUGUGACAGGAAAAAAUUAUAUAAUCAAAAAUACUUCAAGUCAUGGUUAUUUUUCAGUGACGUUUUUACAAUCUUCUUUAUAUUCACAAAAUGGAACAUGCGAAAACCGUGGACAGAUACCCGGACUCAUUUUUGUACUGUGAUUUUAGCACAUUGAUAUUCAAACUGUUUAGAACCUUUCUUAUACAAUUGUCGAUAUCAUUAAGCUAAACCUAUAUCACUAAGUACUUUAUAUGGUUGUAAGUUUAAAAAGGGGUAAGUGGUGUCAUGUGCAUAUUACAGUCAUGACUUUUGAAAAGCUAAAUUGGAUUUAAACAUAUGAUUUAUAAAUGCAGUCAUUUUUUUUAUAAAUGUCUUAGAAAAUUAACAAAAUAAUAAGUCAAAAGAAUAUGACUACAUGGGUAUUAUUAUGUUAUUUAGGGAACAACCCAACGAUAUAACACCCAACACAGAAGGUCAAAAUUAUUGUUGUAUUGUCUAAAACCGAUUUUUUUUUAAUUCAAUUCAUAAGGAAGAUUUGAAUAUGAUGUGUAUAAAUAUACAGUCGUAUCAUAUACAUGAUAAGAUUAAAAAAAAUAGUGAGCAUAUUAAACAUUAAAUUGUAUUUUUGAUAAAUUCUAACGACUCAGUUUCGCCGCACUUAGUCACCCAACAGGUGUUAUAUGACAUCAGACAAAAUGUGGCUAGCUACAACUUGAGUAUAGCAAAAAAAGAUCUCACACAACAUGUUAACCUUACUGCUGUUUUGUACGUGUCCCAAGGCAAAGAGUCUCUGGCCAUUGUUUGUUUUUAUGUUUUUGUUUUAAAUUUUGAUUCCAUUUAUAUGUUUAUGAGUGUAUACAUAGUGCAUUUUCAUUAAACAAAGUCACAUUUUUGUUUCGAGGCCAG